GAGAGAGAGAGAGAGAGAGAGAGAGAGAGAGAGCAAAGAGCAGUGUAACUUCAGGUCUGCACAGAGAGGCAGGGGGACCACGGAGUUUGCCGGAAUUUCAUCCCACACAUGCACUUGGAGUUCAUUUUCAAACUUUGGAUUUUAAUUCCUUAACGCGCUAAAAUGUUUCCGGGGUGGUCUCUUGCCCUGCAUCUCGCCCUGCUGUGCUCGCUGGCCUCUGCCCUGCAGGUUUUAGAAGACCGAGGCACAGGAAGUCAUCUGGACCUGAUGGAGUUAAUCGGCGUCCCCCUCCCUCCCUCUGUCGCCUUCAGUCCCGGCUUUGAGGGCUUUCCGGCCUACAGCUUCGGGCCUGAUGCCAACAUUGGCCGGCUCACCAGGACCUUUGUGCCGGGGUCAUUCUACAGGGACUUCUCUAUCAUCGUCACGAUGCGUCCCGACACUCAGAGAGGAGGAGUGCUCUUUGCCAUCACAGAUGCCCGUCAGAAGGUGGUGGAGCUGGGUUUGGCCCUCACUCCUGUGCGUGGAGGCCUGCAGAGCAUCUUACUGUACUACACGGACAGAGAGGACGCGUCCCACAGCCACAAAGCUGCCGCCUUCAGCGUCCCAGAUAUGACCAACCAGUGGACAAGGUUCACGGUGGUGGUGGAGCACGACGAGGUGCGUCUCUACAUGGACUGUGGAGAGGCUGAGCAGACUGCUUUCCAUCGGAGGCCAGAAGGUCUCACCUUCUCACAUAAUUCAGGCAUUUUUGUAGCCAACGCAGGAAGCACCGGGCUGGACAAGUUUGAGGGAUCCAUCCAGCAGCUGAUGAUAACCAAUCCCAGAGCAGCGGAGGAUCAGUGUGAAGAUGAUGACCCUUAUGCCUCGGGGUACACCAGUGGAGAUGACGCUCUGGAUGACAGAGAGUCCGAGGAGGAAAUCAUGAAGAACAACAACGGGGAGAGGAAACUCGGCCUGGCACAGGAAAGCGUUCCAGUCAGAGCUCCGCCCACCGAGGCUCCAGAGGUGGAGCUGGAUGAGUACUCAGGUCAACAGACCCCAACAGAGACCACUGAGGAGAUGCUUAGACGAGGGCCAAAUCGGGAAGAGGAGCCAGGAGAAAGAUCAGGAGAUGGUCAUAUCAGACAUGGGUUCAAAGGAGCACGUGGAGAUCCUGGACCCAGAGGCCAACCUGGCCCACCCGGUCCACCAGGCCCCACACUUUCGCCUGCACAAGCUUAUCCUGGUCCAAGAGGGACCCAAGGGCCGCCAGGACUUCCUGGAUCCCCUGGAGUGCCAGGGCGAGUGGGACAGCAGGGAAGCAAGGGCGAAAAAGGAGAUCCAGGUCAGAGAGGACCUAAGGGGUCUCCAGGACUGGGUGGAGAUGUUGGAGCUAAAGGAGACAAGGGAGACCAAGGAGUUGGUAUGCCAGGCCCUCCUGGCCUCCCUGGGCCUCCGGGACCCCCCAGAUCACGCAGUGUACCUUAUGGAGCAGACGCCCUGGGCUCUGGGUUUGAAGACCUGGAAAGUGACACAGAACUCGCCCGGGGCGCUCCUGGUCUACCUGGGCCUCCAGGACCUCCAGGUCCUCCUGGGCCCAACCUGUCAUCCUCUGGCACAGCUGAAGGCAUCUUUCCAGGGCAUGCUGGACCACCUGGUACCCCCGGCAGAGACGGGUUUCCAGGACAACCAGGACUACCAAUGUUUGAGGAUUGGUUUAGUGGUUCUGGGCUCGAUGGUUCAGGCCUGAGCUCGGGGUCGUCCUCUGACCUCGGCUCUGGUUUCAGUUCUGGUUUCAGUCCUGAACCCAGUUUUGCGUCGGGUUCUGGGCUUGACUUUGGGUCUGCUUGGGGUUCAGGCGAGGGUCUAGCAGGACAAAAUGGGAGUCCAGGUCUGCCAGGAGCUGCGGGAGAGAAGGGUGACCAAGGGUUGCCUGGGAAAUCUGGACCAAAGGGUGAAUGUGGGUCUGUCGGAACAGCAGGACUACCAGGGCAACCAGGGCCAAGUGGUCCACAGGGGCAGAGAGGCCCUUCAGGUCCCCCAGGACUGCCUGGCCCCCCUGGACCUCCGGGAACCAAAUUCUUUGUAGAGGAUUUGGAGGGAUCUGGGAAGAGUGACAUGCUGAUUGGAGCUGGAGUCAAAGGCCCACAGGGUCCUCCUGGCCUACCAGGAACACAGGGACCUAAGGGUGAGGAUGGAGCCACAGGCGCUCUGGGGCUCUCUGUCAAGGGUGAGACAGGAGAUCCAGGACCACCGGGCUUCCAGGGUCCUGCUGGACUACCAGGUGCUAGAGGGGUGAAAGGAGAAAAAGGGAACCAUGGAUCAAAAGGUGAUCGAGGUGCUGAUGGACUCAAUAUCCCAGGACCCCCUGGGCCUCCAGGACCUCCUGGACCUAUCAGUCUGCAGGAAUUCUCCUUCAAUGUAACAGACGGUAGCUUCAACUUCACAGAGCUCAGAGGACCCCCGGGGCCCAGGGGCCCUGAAGGCUUGCCUGGCAGAGCUGGAUUUCCUGGCCCCAGGGGACCAAAGGGGGAUGUCGGCCCUACAGGUACACAGGGGGCAUCAGGGAUCAAGGGCGAGAAGGGAGAGCCAGGGGUGACUAUUGCUGCAGACGGAUCCCUCUUAUCAGCACCACGAGGCCCCCAAGGGCCCAAAGGCAUCAAGGGUGACCGUGGGUAUCCUGGACAUGCGGGACUCAUGGGCCCAAUAGGACCAACUGGACAGAAAGGAGAGUACGGCUUCCCCGGUCGCUCUGGUCGACCUGGUAUACCUGGGAGGAAAGGUGACAGAGGAGACUCUGUCGGCCUGCAGGGACCUCCAGGUCCUCCAGGCCCACCUGGAGUUCCAGGAAGAAUCCUUGGGCUGAACGGAACAGUGUUUCCGGUGCGACCACGACCGCACUGCAAAAGGGGACGAGAGUCAGAGACAAGAGGAGAUUCAAUCGGAGUUAAAGGGGACAAAGGAGAUGUUGGAACACCUGGAGAGCCAGGAGCUCCUGCCACCGGGUUUCCAGAUGGAAUUGUGGGGGCCAGAGGUGAUCAGGGAUACAAAGGUCAGAAGGGAGACAAGGGUGAUAGCAGUCUGCCAGGUCCUCCAGGACUGCCUGGGAGGUCAGGACUUGUGGGUCCAAAAGGUGAGUCCAUUGUUGGACCUCCAGGACCUUCUGGUUCUCCCGGUCAACCUGGACCCCCUGGAUUCGGACGACCUGGUCCACGAGGCCCGCCGGGCCCUGCUGGACCCCCAGGACCCGUCUCUGGCUAUGGAUCAGCCGUCAGUAUCCCCGGCCCUCCUGGGCCUCCUGGCCCACCAGGAUCUCCAGGAAAUGCUAACCUGGUGACCACCUACAAGACGUUCCACGGUCUGAGCAGAGACUCUCACCGCGCUGCAGAUGGAACGCUGGCCUUUGUGUCUGAACGGGGAGGAGAGCUGUACCUCAAAGUACGCAACGGCUGGCAGAAGAUCCAGCUCGGGGAAUUGAUCCAAACUGGUCCUCAGGCCUCAGCCGCCUCUCAGGCCCUCAGUAGGACUGGAGAAUUGAGUAGACCACACAGGGCCCACAGCCAGGAGCUUCAAGAUGGCGGUCGAGGAUAUCAGCCCAGCUAUAAUGUUCUACCACAAACCUUCAACGCUGUACCCGGGCUCCACCUGGUGGCCCUGAACACCCCGCUGAAAGGGGACAUGCGUGGUAUCCGCGGUGCAGACUUCCAGUGCUACCAGCAGGCCCGCUCCAUGGGGCUGACAGCCACAUACAGAGCCUUCCUGUCCUCACACCUCCAGGACCUGGCAACCAUCGUGAGGAAGGCCGACCGCACAGACAUGCCCGUGGUCAACCUCAGGGGGGAAGUGCUGUUCAGUAGCUGGAUGUCCAUCUUCUCUGGGAACGGAGGCACAUUUAACCCGUCCAUACCGAUCUACUCCUUCGACGGACGCAACGUCAUGACUGACUCAGCGUGGCCAGAGAAGCUGGUUUGGCACGGCUCCGGCCCGGUGGGAAUCCGUCUGACCACGAACUACUGCGAGGCGUGGAGGACGGGCGACAUGGCGGUGACGGGACAGGCCGCUCUGCUGCAGACGGGACGACUGCUGGGACAACACACACGCUCCUGCUCCAACCACUACAUAGUGCUGUGCAUAGAGAACACAUAUGUGGGAAACACACAUCAAAAGAGGACCUGAGACACCAGGGAAACACACACACACACACACACGCACGCGCGCGCACACACGCACGCACACACACACACACACACACACACACACACACACACACACACACACACACACACACACACACACACACACACACACACACACACACACACACACACACACACACACACACACACACACACACACAUGCAGGCAUGCUGAAAGUGCAGAUUUAUAACGUGACGCAGUGCACAUAGAUCUGAAAUGAAAUGAGAGACACAUGCAGGCACAUAGAUUCUGAUCACAUCACUGCAUAGAAGUUACAUGUAAGUACACAAACAAGUACGGUGGCCCUGAAGGUCAAGUGCAAAAACAUUUCACAAAAUGCAAAUAUAUUUCAUUAAAGACAAACGUAAAAAAAACAUGUUGUGUAACGAAAAAACAUUGCACUUACUAUUUCCACUGCAAACUUGCCUAACCUCAAAUGACCACAUACUCCAUGUGCGGCGCGGUCCGUCAGCGCUGAGCAUUAAACCGUGGUUCGCUGCCACUCUAGUCAGUCAUUGUGUUUUCCACAGUGAGCGCCGCGGUCCGUCUCUGUAGCGUAACAGCAUCCCCACUAUGCUCUUCUCCGUUUAUAUACAACAACCCAGACAGGAAGUCAGACAAGGAAACGCACAGAGCAAUCCGGUCAAUUUCAAAAUAAAACACCUUGUAUCUUGUAGUUCUCCUGUGAUGUGUGUGUGCAUGUGAGCGGAGCAAAACCAUGGCGAUGAUGGACUGUGGCAUGAUGCACAGAGUUUAUGUGGAAAUUGGGGGUAAUAAGCAAAAUGUAAACAAGAGACGUAUGACUCGGGUUUUGUCCGAUCACAAACUAGAAGUGUAGUUCGACCCUGUUUGCAGUACGUGGCAUGUAGUGUUUCACAAAAUGUUUUUGCAGUUGACCUUCAGGGCCACCGUAAACUAGAGGCACUUGCAGGAGAGACACACACACACACACACCCUAUGAGGCAGAGCCCACGUCCAAGCUCGAGCACAGAACAACGAACAAAACACACGUGCAUCAUUCGCAGUUUACUUCCAUCCACUUUGUUUAGUUUCAUCUUUAACACACAUUUAUAAUCCAGCUCGUCAUGAUGCUGCCAUCCGUCCCCGGCCUCGGUUAAAGUUAUUUAUUUUCACUAUGAGCACGUUACAGCACCGAACAUGAUCAAACACAUCACACAAAAUCCGUCUCAGUCAACACAACAUCAUAGGACGAUGACGUCCAGGGUCCCAAACUGUAAAUCUGUUUGUAUUUUGACUGAUCUUUUUCAAAAAUUUGGCAGAUGUAAAGUUUUAGAUUGUAGGCGUCAUAUUUCUGUAGUUCCAUGCAGCUGUUUGGUUUCAGUCCAUUGUCCUCUUAAAUAAGCUUUCUGUCACUUCAUGGUGAUGAAACUCUGAAAGGAGGGAUUGCAUUAUACAUCACAAAUGACAGGUAGUGUCGACCUGAUGUUCCCUCUGAUGGAUUUAACACCUUACAUAUGAUUCUUAUAAAGAUUAAGAACUCUGAAGCAGAACAAGUUACAACUCACAGUCAAUAAUAUAUCAAGUUCACAGACUCAUCUGCAGCUGACUGGCUGGUAUCCAUGGGGAUAAAUCGUUUUUUUAUGUCCUUAUAAGGGAAACAACAUAGCGUGUCUUUGGUAGCAUCAUUUUGGAUUCUUAUGGUUUGUUUUUAUGGAACACACGUUUGGAUACAUUUGGUUUAAUUUAAUAAAUGUACGGUGAGCCUGAUUUCUCAUCCUGACACUAUUGUAGUUUAGUGUUGGGUUGUUUUCAUACUGCAGAGAGACUCGUCUAAAUGACAGUCUUUUGGCCUUUAAGGAAAUAAAACUAUCAGAUGUGAGACCCUUUACGAUGAUCAUUUAUCUUCUGCAGAUUUUAAUUCUUCUGUCUUUAUGAACAAACUAACCAUGUGUUACUCAAUCUCAUAAUACCAGUCUGAUUCCUAAUGAAGACCUUUAUCUUUAAAGUAUCAAUCAGUAAGAUUUUUACUGAAUGAAAUGUUAAAGGUACCUUACUAAAAGAUCAGACAUUAAGGAAACAUGCUGUGUUGAAGUGCUGGCUUCUCUGACAACAAUGCAGCAGGCAGUAUGUCCUCCUUCUAACUUUAGAUUCUGGUCCUGAAUGCUCUGGAUUUGUUUGGACCAGAGAAGGUAGAAACCCCCACAUGGCCGUUUUGGACACCCCUCGGUUUGUCAGAUAUGAGAGCAGUUAUCAGGUCAACAGGUGUUGCAGCGAUGGAAGCGGGCAAGAGAAGUGGUUCAGAUAGAAGUGAUUGUACCCGACCUAAAAAGCCUCUGCAUGUUUCUAAUAAGCUCCACGAGCAGAAACGUGCUCAAACUAGGAUCAAUGUUGGAGAUGCUUUUGAAAAAUGGAGAGAGGUUAGAACACAGAAAGGUUUACAGACCCAUGCAGAGCUGGAUAAACACUGAAGCUUCAGUGUCCAUGACUCGGCAACCUAUGUGCAAAUGUACUCUAGAAAGGAGGGGGCGGGGCCUUUGCUGAAGACUUUAAGUACACUUUAUUCAGUUGUGGUGCAUUAAUUUGUCAGUCUAAUGCACUUCUUAACAACAUCCCAUAAUAUAGUAUUCAAGAUGAUCCUUGUCCAUAUGAUGAUGAUUUCAGAAGCUUUCCCUGUUUUCUGCUGAACUUAAAACUAAACAUUCACAUCAGUGCUUUAGCGUUAGCAUUAGCAUUAGCAUUGAAAUCAAUCUGUAAUUAUCAUUAAUUUAUACAGUAGCAGGACGUAGUCUGAAAAUAAAAAGUUAACAUUGAGAUGUUUUGAUGAAGUUUAAACAUGUAUAUAAAUAUAUAUGUAUGUGUGUUGUUCUUGUCCAUAUGAUGUUUUUUACUCUUUAGAGGUAGAUUUUGUUUAUCACACACUAAAAUGACUGAAUCGUUUCCCCCUCACUGCUUGGAUCAAGUCGUGCUUUCAGUUUCUGUGCCUGUAAAGAUGAUUUAAGCCGAUGUUUGAAGUAUUUUGAUUUUCAAAAUAAGAUUUCCUGCUGUUGUUAAAAAAAACCUGUUUGUACUGACUGACUGGUGCUCACUGAAUAAAUGUCUUAUUUUGUGUUUUUUUUU